AUGACAGGACGGAGCAUCGCCAUCGCUCUCCUGCGUUGCGAUCUCAGAAUCCAUGACAAUGCCAUCUUUCAUGCCACUCACUAUGGCCCCACGGCGUCCAACAUCACACACGUACUGCCCCUCUAUGUCUUCGACGAACGCCAAAUCGAACUGUCAGGUCUGCCAGAUUACAAACGCAAGGGUCCGCCGGCAAAGACUCGUGUCUGUGGAUUCUGGCGCAGCGGCGCAUUCAAGGCAAAAUUCUUGACGGAAGCUGUCUUUGACGUCCAGAAACGGCUGAGAUCUGCUGGAUCGGAUCUUGCCAUCCGAUUUGGAGUGCCAGAGGAUGCGACGAUCAGCUUCAUCAAAGCGUUGCAGAAGAACGGUGACACGGUAGAGGGCAUCUACCUACAGAGAGAGCUCUGUGUCGAAGAGAUAGCCUCAGAGAAUCGGCUAAUGAAGGGUGCUAGCGCGCUGGGCGUCAAGGUGCAUAUGUACGAUACCAAAGCGCUCAUUCAUCCAGAUGACCUGCCAUUCAAGGUCGACAAGACACCCGAUGUCUUCACACCCUUCAGGAAGCGUGUCGAGGGGCUGAAUGACAAGAUGUCUCGCCCAAUUCUCAAGACGCCGAAUCACUUCAAACCAUACCCCGAGCCUUUGCCCGACUCAGACGCGUACGGCAGUCAGUUGACAGAUCGGAAGCGCGAAGAGGUGCUAGCGUACAUCCUCAAGCCGUUGAGUGGUACAGAACAGCAUCAGAACAUCAUGGCGCAAAAGAAGGAUCCUUCCCUCAUCAAGUCUGCAUUUCCCUACGAAGGUGGCGAGACAGCUGCUUUGGAGCGCCUAGAUUACUACUUUUUCCAAGGAGCACCACCACCUGCUGCACGCUACAAGCAGACGCGUAACCAACUGCUGGGACACUCAUACAGCACAAAGCUGUCGCCAUUCUUGUGUAUUGGCAGCAUAUCGCCUCGACUGGUCAUGAAGGCAGUAGACGAUCACGAGGCGAAAUUUGAACUUACCCAGGACACGUAUUGGGUCAGGUUUGAGCUACUGUGGCGCGACUACUUCCUUUACAUCUCUAGGAAGUACGGUGUCAACCUCUUCCUGCUCGAAGGUUUCGAAGGCGUCACCGAUCCUAAAAAGGCGGCCAACAAAGUCGACGACUGGAAUGAUUGGACCGAAGAGGAAGCCUCGCACGGAAAGCUGUCACGAUGGCUCAAGGGAACGACUGGCGUGCCUUUCAUCGACGCCAACAUGAUCGAGCUGGUCGAGUCCGGCUUCAUGUCCAACCGCGGUCGUCAAAACGUCGCAAGCUUCCUCACCAAAGAUCUUUACUAUGAUUGGCGUAUCGGGGCAGAGUACUUUGAGUCGCAUCUGGUUGAUUACGAGCCCUGCGCGAAUUAUGGCAAUUGGCAAUACGUCGCGGGUGUGGGCAACGAUCCUCGCGCAUCUCGUCAAUUCAAUCCUAUCAAGCAAAGCAAAGACUACGACGCGCAUGGCAGGUACAUCAAGCACUGGCUGCCAGCCCUGUCCAAGCUAUCGGCAUCCAGUGUGCAUACGCCCUGGCUGCUCAGCGACGACGAGCGAAAGCAAUUCGAUCUGACGGAAAAGCUUUACCCCUCUCGCCCAGUCUUAGAGCAACAGAGCUGGAAGUCGCAUUAUGACCGCCGCGAAGGCCAGCGCAGCAAAUCUCGCGGUAAUCCCAAUGAAAAAAUUAGGGGCAAGCAGUCCUCAAAUCGUGGCCAUAGCAGGCCUCAGCAGCAACGAGGUGUACGGACGAGCCCAGAUCAUUCUUCGUCCUAA